UCACGUAGGAUGGGUGGUUUGACGGCUCAACAACGUUAUCUAUUUGACCUGCGAGGGUUUCUCAUACUCCGAAAUAUCAUACCCAGCGAGGAUCUCAACGCAGCUAAAGAAGCUAUAUCGGCUAAUCUUCAUAAGUUCCACGAGCGGAAGGGAGCCCUGAGGAACUCUAGAUUGGAAGCGUUUCAGGGUGAUCAUGUUAAAGGGAGGUUGGAUUGUGGAACCAUGUUGAGUUGGGAUAAGCCACACUGUGAGAUAUUCAGAAAGUUCCUUGUUAUUCCUCAAGUUAUUCCUUUGAUGAAUGAAUUAUGUGGGAAAGGUUAUAGGUUGGACCACCUUCCAUUGACAAUAAUCCAAUACAAAGAGGCUGAGGGGUUCGACCUUCAUGGGGGAAAUGUUGAUGAGAAUGGUCAGUGGAUGCAGGAUCUUAGUUACGAUUGUAGGUAUGGAAAGAUAUCGUGUAAUUUACUGAACGUAGCAAUACCGUUAGACAAGACAGAGUCAGGGGACGGUGGGUUCGUGAUCCUACCAGGCUCUCACAAAGCUAACUUUCCCAUUCCUCCUGAAAUUGCUGAGUGUGACAAGUUGGAGGAGAAUAAUUAUCUUUUAAACCUCGCUCUUAAUCCUGGAGAUGUACUGAUAUUCACAGAAGCUGCCACUCACGGAGCUUUCCCCUGGAGGGGGGCUUCAAAAUCUAGACGGACAGUAUUCUACAGAUUCUGUCCUCCCAACUUUGCAUACGGGCGGGGAUACUUCGAGAAGAACGCUGAGCUGGCGAAGGAACUAACCGAACAGCAAAGUGUAGUGUUACAGCCGCCAUUUGUUCCCCGGCUAAACAGGCUUCAUUUAGAGGACGAUGGGAGUGUAGGGACCACUGUUAGGAGUGAAAUGAAGCUAGAUUAUGACAGACAAGUAUUUGAUAGUGAAUAUUUCUGAAGGACAGGUUUUGGCCCAGACGCCCCAAGAACUUCACUUUCGGCUAGGUCUGAUUACCGUGACCCCUUGAUUUAACAAUUGUUUAGCCCUAUCUGCUUCACAAAAUGGUUUUGAUUUGAUGUGAACAGUGACCCAUUUUUCAUUUAGAUAGAUAUAUUUAGAAAAGUUGUAUAUUUAUCAUGUAAAUUGUGUUCGUACCUUUGAUGUUUGAUAUAAUGUAAACCAAUUUACAUUUUUA